AUAUCAAAGAAGGGAGGAAGGGAGAAGAAAAAAAAAAGAAGAUAUUUUUGUUCCUUUGCAGCGGUGGUCAACAGUCGAGGCUUGGCGUUGCUGGCUGUGAAUGAAAUACUUGGUCGGAGCGAGUCGCGGCGUCGCGGCGUUGCUGUCUAACCACUCUCAGUCAUUUUCAUUGGCUGAUGACGUCAAGUGUGGGCUCCGUACGGCGCUGCCAUUGGUCAGUGACAAUCCAUGCGGAGAAGUACCGCGCGGAUCUCGGUACCGCCGCGCGAGGGGAUCCCGCGGUGCCUUGGUGAAUGAACCCCCGUCGUGACUACCUUCAUCCUGUCACAGACCUCAGCUCUCGCCACACAGGUCAACAGAAAGAGUUCAUGUCAGCUGAUUAAUCCCUCGUUAAUUGUUCAGAGGAGACUGUACCACGUGUGAACAGGGUUCAGACAGAAAAAGAUUUACAGAGACGACAUUUUUUUUUUCAAAAGUUCAAGAAAAAUAAAAGAGGUCGGCUUGUGGAAGGACAGGACAACAGAAACUCGACUCCCAUCGUGACAGGAUGGAGUGAUGGAUGGACUUGUAACAGUCUGGUUUUGUUCACAUCUCUUGUUUGUCCACUCUGAAGCUCCACCCUCCGUGGGAGGGAGGGAAAGGAGGAUGGAAUGUACCAAGACCGACAACUUUUACCUGAACACCACUUCGGAACUGAAGUUAUGGCUCUUCGUACCUGGCGUGUAGUGGAGACUGUGCGUGUGGCAGCCAGGUGCUUGGAAAGAAGAAGGAGGGCGGGGUGGUUACGUGUGAUAAGUAAUUACUUACCUGGUCGCCCAGGUGAAAACGUUGAAGCUGCGUGCGUGUUUGUGUGCGUGCGUGCGUGGACUAGCAACCUUGCGGCAAACGAUUAACUGCGUGGUGACUGCAAUCGUCGGAUGUUCGCAGGCGGCAAAUAUGAAAGCAAUGCGACCUGGGAGUGACGCAAGACUACCUUCGUUUCAUCCUGAUAACAGGACGGCGAUAAGACCUCCAGCUUAUCUUCUAAUUGGCUUUGCCUUCCUGUGCGGAACUAUGUGAUCCGCACACAAACAGAUUGGCUGGGAUUACGGAGGGACCCACUCCAGGACAGACAAACAGCGGCGAAUAGCCUCCACCCGGGUUGGCUCCUGCCCCGGAGGGUCUCCCAGUGCGCUUGUUGCGGAAGUGAGAGUGAACUACGGCGAGGGGUGAAUGGGAUCCACGUGAUCUCACCCUUUGAAGGUAGGGGGAAAGGGUUGUUUUCAAUGAACUGUGCAUCGCUUCAUCUUUGGGUGGAGGGGGACUGUUAUGUGAGGCUACGGAAGUUGUGAAUACGAGAGUUGGCGAGGGAAAAACUCGGGGAUGAAAUGCAGUUACCGACAGAUGUCCGUGAUGCAGGACUCGCGCCGUGAGCAUGUGUUGAAUGGUCUGAAGAGGUCAGUGACUUGGGAUUGUAACAUCUGUAACAUCUGUAACAACUGUAACAACUGUAACGGACGACAGACUGGUCCUGCAGAGUGAAUAAAGUUUGUGUCUUCCGCUGGAACCUCGGAGCUUGUGGUCACUGACUUCAUUCAAACCAUUUUGUUUUCGAACACCUUGGUGAGGGACAGGGAGGAGAUUGUUUGGUUGCCUGACGGAGUGUGUGGGUGGGGUGCUCGAGGAGGGGAGGGGAAGGUUCAUGGGGUGUGUCCACUCACCAUGUCGCAAGUGUGUCGCGUGGCAUGCACCACCCUGCUGGCGCUGACUGUCGUGCACGUGCAAGUGAGUUGCGGACACAAGGAGCGGACAACCACCGCAGGUCCCGUGAUGGACAACACACAGGAGCCGUGUGACGUGCCACCUGACCCAGCCAAACUGAAUUCUUUCCUGUGGACCAUCAAGCGCAACCCGCCAUCUUACCUCUUCGGCACGAUCCACGUGCCCUACACGCAGGUGUGGGACUUCAUCCCCAACAACACCAAGUCGGCCUUCGAGCAAACAGACUACGUGUUCUUCGAGCUGGACCUCACCGACCCCUACACCCUGUCGGCACUGGCCAGCUGCCAGCUGCUGCCGCAGGGCGAAAACCUGGCCAACGUGCUGCCCGAGGGCCUGUACACGCGCCUGAAGCGCCACCUGGAGUACGUGCGGGACAUGAUGCCCGGAUGGAUGACCCGCGACCAGCGCGACAAGGGGCUGUACGCCGACUACCUCUUCAACGCCAUUGCCGGCAACUGGGAGCGGAAGCGGCCGGUGUGGGUCAUGCUGAUGGUCAACACCCUGACGGAGGGCGAUGUUCGGUCCCGCGGCAUCCCGGUCCUGGACCUUCACCUGGCGCAGGAGGCUGAGCGCCUCGGCAAGCUGACGGGGGCCGUGGAGCGCGUGGAGGAGCAGUGUCUGCCGCUUAACGACCUCAACUUCUCGCAGGUGGUGUUCGCACUGAACCAGACGUUGGUGCAGCACGAGGUGCGGCGAGACAGUAGAAGGGAUCAAACCUCCUUCACCACCGCCGACCUCAUUCGUCACUACAACUGCGGCGACCUCAACGCCGUCAUGCUGACCAGCAACACCAGGCAGGUGCCGUACCUGGUCAACACCAGCAUGGACCCGGACGAGGUGGUCACUGCUCGUCGCAUCGAUGACUACUUCCAGCAAGAACUCAUCGACAAGCGCAACGAGCGAAUGGCAGUGCGAGUCAACGCCUUGCUGAAAAAAUUCCCUGACAAAAGUUUCUUCUUUGCAUUCGGGGCAGGACAUUUUCUUGGAGAGAACACGGUAGUGGAUCGUUUGCAGCGACUGGGUGUGGAAGCUAGAACACACGGGUCCGAUGGAAGUCAUCCAACAAAUACAUAGAGAGGCCGAUGGCAAGUUGCCCAGACGGCGGAGGCCCGCCAGUGCUACACUGACCUCCGACUUUCCCCUGCCAUCGGACGUCAUCUACGGGGACAUCGAAUAUCUCUUUAAGAAAAAGAUUCGCCACGAAAAACGCAGAGGGCGACACAGGCAGAAAGACCAUCUGUUUCGUGCACGCAAACGCCAUCGUCGGCUGGAGGCUUUGUGGAGCAGUCUAGAGGGAGACGAAGAUAACGAUAAAAAAGACCGGUCCAGAAAGCGGAAAGGGAAAAACAGCCGGCGCCAGAAAACAUUCAACGACCUGUGGGUUAGGAUGGAUUCCUCCAGACCUCGGUUCCUGCAUCAGAAGCUCGAAGGCCACGGCAAUCAGCCAUCGACGAUAAACAGUUCGUCCAGCCAACGACCAGUUCGGGUGGUUGACGGGGGCAAGUCCUCGGAUCGUCCAAAUAACAAACGCCACUCUAGCGCCGCCGCCACCCCGGGUACCCACAAGGACAGUAUCUCGACGUCUGGCGUCGUCAUGUGUGUUGCCAUCGUGUCUUCCGUAUUGUCUUACAUCGGACAUUCCUGAGGAUGGCGGCUGCGUUGGCGGAGAGAUACAGGGAGGGGCGUGGGGUGGUCUGUGCCACUGAAGACGACGCUGGAUGUUGUCGGUUCACUCAGGUGAUGCUGUUCUGGCUUGUGUCGGACUCAUGUCGGAGUCCUGUAGAUGAAAUUUUGUUGUUGAGUAUAAACUGAUGGGGAUGCACGUCCCAAGUUGUCGAGGCUACAACGAUAGAUGCGUUGUAGAUGAUUGCGAAGCCACGAGAUAUACACAUGUCCGGAAAGAGAUCCAGUAUGAACUUGAAGACAAAAAUCACGUGUUCCAAAUUCGAAACUGGUUUCAUGAUUCCUAAAGUCUUUGAGACUUGCAGACGAAGAUGGUGCAAGUUAUGAGUUGUUAAGUUAUUAAUGUGAACUGUACGGAUGUUAGAGAUCUCAACGAUCUCUAAAAGUUAACGAGACAUCAAAACUUAAAAAAAAGAAACUCAUUACCUCAUUUUUGUACAGUGUGUAGACGAUGUAGCCUAGCCUAUAGACAGUCUUUCUAGCCAAGUAUAGACAGUCUUCCUAGCCAAGUGCGGACUUGCAGAUGGAGGAUCUGGGCAAUUUGUGUUCCUAGGACACUGUAUCUGUCUGUCUGCGCCUCUCUCUCUCUCUCCCUUUCCAAUUCCAAAUUCAGUCUCCAGAAGCCAACAGAAAAAAAAAAACCGGCGGUAGUUCAUGUGAUCAUCGAGUGAUCAGCGCUGCAGCCGAGAAGAACUUUCUGGAACAGUGAUGCAGGCCAGCGCAUGCGCUUCGCUUCAUACUCCUAGAAGCCUGAGCGUGUAUUUUUUCCAACGCAAAAAAUAACUUCUGCUUCUCGUCCCAGUCUUGACAUGGUGAAUCAGCAGCUUGAGAAGUUUUAGCCGACAAAUUGUUGGUGGUACAAAAUCGAAAGAUCUUUUAGUUUGAACCAUCCUACUAAGAGACUUGAAGAGCAAGAAACCCGCAGAACAGGGAAACAAAACUACGCUUAGCACACUUCUAGUGAGGAAAAUUACAGAACUUGCCUCUGAAGAGACCUUUACGAAAAAGACAAUUAUCCUGAAAGCAAGUCUCAGUUUCCAAAGUCCAUAUUUCUGUGGAAACAUUAUGUCUCAGAAAGCUUUAUGGUCGCGAGACGGAACUCUUUCAUUUUGCAGGCGCCGUUUGCUUUCAGUAGCCGCUGGUAUUAUGUUGCUACUUGAGUGCGAAUCGUGGAAUUUCCUCUUCAGAUUCUUGUUCUUUUGUACUUGUCCUUCUCCAAAUUUUCAACCUGAUUGUUGGAAUAAUCUCUCAUAUAAUAGCGUUUUUUUUAAAAUAGAAGAUCUUCUGUCACUGGCGUUUGUUUUUUUUUUUUUUUGUUUUUUUUUUGUUUUUUAAUCCACUACCUUCUCACCUUUUCCCCAAAAUACUUGUCACACACACAUUCAUACAGUCCUUCACUUUUGUCAACAAAUUAAAAGCUCGGUGAUCUGUCACUCAGCACGUGAAAACCAAGACCCAGACUUUCAUAGCUUCAGCCAAUGACGUUAGCUCGUUGCAUGCAAACCUAAAUGUACCUCGGCCAAUCAAACGAUGUUUUUAAUGCGAUAAUUGUUUGAUUAAAGCAAGAAAUUUAGUGGCAGAAAA